AUGGUGAAAUUCAAAGGGAGAUUUUUUUUUCGGCAGUAUAUGCCAAAGAAGCCUGUAAAAUAUGGACUCAAAGUCUGGGCUCUGUGUGAGAGUGGAACAGGAUACUGUUUGAACUGGUCAGUGUACACCGGUGGGCGGGAGAUUCCUGGUGACUAUGGUCUUGGCUAUGAUGUGGUGCGCACUAUAUCAAGUGAUUUCAUGAACAAGGGACACCAUAUCUAUAUGGAUAACUUUUUUACUUCACCAAAACUUCUAUUGGAUAUGGAAGAUGAUGGAACUGGUUGUUGUGGUACUGUCAGGCCACAGAGGGUUGGUAUGCCUCCAGGAUUUCAGGAAAUCAGACUACGACGUGGGGACCCCCCAGUGUUCAAACAAUCGGGAAAUCUAAUGGCAGUUAACUGGCAUGAUGUGAAGCGUGUCAAGGUUUUAUCAUCUGUACAUGAAGAGGGAGUAGUUCAGAAGGAGAUAAGGGACAGAAAUGCUCCAAAUGGAAUCAGAAAUGUGGAUAAACCAACUGUGAUUUCUAAAUGCAAUGCAUACAUAGGAGGGGUUGACACUUUUGAUCAGUUACUCCAAUCGUACGAGUACCAGCAUAAAAGCCAAAAAUGGUACAUGCCGCUCUAUCACAGGGUUAGGGAAAUUGCGCUUGUCAAUGGAUUCAUCCUUUACAAAACUGUAAAUCCUGAUUCAAACAAGACUUCAAAGGAAUUCAGAUAUGAUGUCAUAGAUGGCCUGUUAGAUGGAACCCAGUCCUCUAGAAAGAGGCCUGGUCAGCGUUCUCAGAAUCCAACCCCAGCUCGGUUGACUGAACGGCACUUUGGAAGGGCACCCAAGAAGGGUUUCAACCCUGACUGUGUAGUGUGUAGCGAUAGAAAUAUCAAGAGAGUCCAAACCAGUCAUGGGUGCAGGGAAUGUGACCAGGCCAUGUGCUGGCCUCGGUGCUUUGAGAUAUAUCACACAAUAGAUGACUACAAGAGGGCAGGGAGAGAAAUGAGACAAAGACUUGCGAAUGACGGUCAGUAG